GCCAGGCUUGUUUUAGGCCCUGAGUGUACUGUGUGUGGCUGUGCAGCGUUUUGAAUGAAAAGCUCUGUGUCAUCAGUAUAACAGAGACGUGCGCAGCGCUUUAACAGUUUUGUAUUUUCAGCAGAUUCCCUAAAACACAAAACUCAUCCUCUGUGAUUGGUUGUGGCUCAGCAUGCUUCAUUGUUCCGGCGGGCCGUUUGUUCGCUCGGUUUCCUACGCACAAACAAAACUUUCCUGCCACACACGGCAAUAUUGGGCUCCUCUGUGGUUACACAACCCGAAAUAUUGGAAUCUCUGACUUUUUCUGAGGGUAAAAAGAUAAAGUCAGUGUUGUUUGGCAGGAUGUACAGCUUCAUGGGAGGUGGGUUGUUCUGCGCCGGAGUCGGGAACAUACUCCUCAUUGUUUCCACAGCAACUGACUACUGGAUGCAAUACCGUCACUCCAGCAAUUACAUGCACCAGGGCCUGUGGCGGUACUGUGUGCCUGGGAAAUGCAUGACACACACAGACAGCAUCGCGUACUGGGAUGCCACCCGGGCCUUCAUGAUCCUCUCCCUGCUGGCUUGUUUCAUCGGCAUUGUGAUCGGGGUCAUGGCCUUCAUCCACUACUCCUCCUUUGACGGGUUUGACAAGACGUUUGCAGCCGGCAUCCUCUUCUUCAUCUCCUGCUUCUUUGUGUUGCUGGCCAUGGCUGUAUACACAGGAGUGACAGUGAACUACUAUGGUAAACGCUAUGGCAGCUGGCGGUUCUCCUGGUCCUACAUAAUGGGCUGGGUGGCUGUGGUGCUCACAUUCUUCUCAGGUAUCUUCUACAUGUGUGCCUACCGGAUGCAUGAAUGCCCAAGAAACUCUAACUCACGCUGACCUGACAAAAAGCUGCAGAACACAAAAACACAAGCACACACCAGCACGGGUCCAUUAAAACGGCCAAGAGGAACCAAUCAAUGAACUUUACAACCGCUUCCUGUUAUCAUAAAUAUUCAUGAAUAAGCAAAAUAAAUGAGAACAGAAGAAUUA